CCGCUCGGGCCGCUGUCGGCGGCAGAGCUCCGCGCAGGCAGUGCUGGCGGCGGCGGCAGUGCAGUGAAGGCGGCGGCGCGCGCGGCCCGCGUAUGGUGCGCUGUAGCAUGAUGCCCGUCGCGUCCGGCCCUGGCGUGCCGGCUCCGCGGCCCAAGCUGGGCUUCUCGAUCGACUCUCUGGUGGGUGAGGGCGCCGACUCGGCCCGCGCCGGCGGCCAGUCGGCCAGUCCGGGCCCGGCGCCGGCCAGCCCGGAGCCGCGCAGAAAGGAACGCUCUCCGCCCCGGGAGCGGCGUGACUCUCAGCCGGCCCAGGUGGCCGAGGCGCCAGAGACAGCGUUUGACCUGGCGCCCGACACGGACAUGCUGCAGCAGCGGCUGGCGCACGAGCGCGCCCUGCACGAGCGGUUACUGGCGCACGGCCUGGGCGGCGGCCCGCUGGGCGCCUUCGGGCCGCUGGCGCCGCUGGCGCGGCUGCCACUCGCCGACCCGCGCUACAUGAAGCUGGCGCAGCUACGAGGGGAACUAGCGCUGAGCCGGGCCGGCGGCGGCGUGCCGGCAGGCCUGCCCGGCCUGCUCUCUCACCCGCCGGCCGCUCCACCGGCGCCCUCCGAGAUGCCGCUCUACCCGUGGCUCAUGUCCCGCCACGGGAGAGUCUUUCCCGGACGCUAUGCUCCAGGUCCACAUCUCCCCGAGUUUCUGUUCCAACCGUUUCGGAAACCCAAGCGGAUCAGAACAGCGUUCUCACCAACACAGCUGUUGAAGCUGGAGCACGCCUUCGAGAAAAACCACUACGUGGUGGGGCAGGAGCGCAAGCAGCUGGCGCAGACGCUGAGUCUUUCAGAGACACAGGUGAAGGUGUGGUUCCAGAACCGGCGCACCAAGCACAAACGCUCGUCGGACGGCGGCGAGGGCGGCGAGGGAGGUGACGCCGGUGACGCCGCGGAGGCCGGAGAGAGCAGCGAGGGUGGAGCCGUCUCAGAGGAGGGCGGCUCGUCGGCGCACCCCGCCGUCGACUCCGACUCUGACUCUGAGGAUAACGCCGGCGCCGGUAUUGACGUCACCAACUGAGACGACCGAGUCACUGGUAUUAGGGAUCGCUGAGUCGGGGGCUGGUGGUGCUGAACCACUGGUGAUGCGCCUGGCUCCUACCGCACCAGGACGUGGCUGUCUGGACACUUUACCGGCACUCGGUGCCCAGUGCGCCUGUUUGGUUGGUGUUUGCGCGUUGGAACGCUUCCUCUUCAUUUAUGCUAUGAAUAGGCGAUGCUGAUUAUUCGAUAUCGUGUAAUGAUUGACGCUCGUAGGCAAACCUCAUUAAUUUUGAAAUGACUCGAGUAUUAUGUGAUGCCGACAGGCGGCCCUUCGCGAGCAGCCAGCUUUGAUGUGUACGUCAUUCACUAAUCACGACAUCUGCCGGUCCUAAGCAGAGUUUCUAUGUGCGCAUAGCAGCAAUCUUUUUCUAAUGCACUUUCCUCUUUUCUGACGGCCCUUGCGACAACAUCUCUUAGGAUGCUUGGUGAUCUUGAUAAGUGGCCCAUGCAGCACUCAGGUACAACUCUACUCAGCGCACCAUGCACUAUUACUAUGCGGAAACGGUAAAGCUCUGCUGACGUAAAUGAAAUUUAUACAUAAGCCAGUCAUUUCGCUAAAUAGUCGACACCUGUUGGUUGCGCCGGGCGGUGAGGAUGGCUCCGGGCGGGCGGUUUAUGUGGGAUGAUAGGGCGGAGAUACACCGCAGCUGAUGGCACUUGCAGUUUAUCCAGGAUUUAGUCUGCAUUUAGACGCAUGACGGCAAUGGCUGCUUCUUUCGGCGAAAUCCGCCGGGCCCAGGUGUACGGCCGGAAUCCUGAACUACACGAUGGCAGGCCUGCAACUGCGUAUUGCACUGCAGAGCCAGGAUUAGCUAUGGUGAAAGGCGACGGUGGUGGAACGACUGCACUCAAUGCACCAUUUCCAUUCAGUGUUUUAUGAGCGCUAUGGCUAAGCACUUCCUAUUCGCUGUAAAAAGAACAGCCACUUGAGUAGGUCAUUGGUACUUCGGAAUUUCGAAACCCUUGAAUGGUAGCCUUUCACAAAUAUCGCACCCUGUGCAUGCUCUUCUGAAUGUAUAUCUGUUCAUGAUGAGUGAUAACAUCAGACUCUAAUAACGUGAGACCGUUGCAGCCGUAAUUUGUAAAUGAGGUCGGAGGAAUGGAAUGAAAGGAGAACCAAAGUAAUCGAGUAUUUUGCUUUUGACAGCCCUUUUACACCAUUAUAUGCCUGUCUGGUGUGAACAACCUUGCAGAGCGCAGAGCGCAGUGCCCAUCCAAUUCGUAAUGAACGUCGCUUGUUGCCAGGCGCCAGCUAUUGGCUAGGUUCGCAGCUUAUUCGCAGUUCAACAUUCUUUUCCUUAUUGGCUUAUUCUUGCUAUUCUCGCCACAUUCCGUAUUUGAAUGCACGAGGCCUUUUUUGUCUUUAUGGCUGCUAUUCUGUCAACAAUACCUUUUCCAUGUGUGUUAGUUGUUACAGAAAGCCCCCUUUUGGUCAUGCUCACGGAUGAGAUUAUGAACUUGCUUCCAGCCAGCUACCGAGCCAUCCGUAUGCCACUGACCUAUUUCCUUAUUGACUUUUUUUUAGCUUAGGUAGUCUUUUGAAAAAUAACAUAUCGGACACCACAUCAAAACUAACGUUUAGACAACUGCUUCUGCUAGGUGAGAUAGGUAUAGCGUCCCUUGACGUUACAUACAUACACUACAUACAUACAUACAUGUAUGUCCAUUCCUCAAUACAAAACUGACUUCACCAUCUUCCUUCACUGCCUCAUCCUGGGUCUCAACCUUCAGCAUCACUCAACCCACUUCAACCCGACCCAACUUCACCCGACCCAACAUCCCUUCUGACCCGACCCAACCCAACAUCCCUUCCGACUCGACCCAACCCGACCCGACCCGUCGUAGCCCUCCUUCAUACUGUAGCGUUGUGAGUUAUGACUGAGGCCAGAUACCUACUGCGUGGGCUGGCCCAUUUAUUUAACGUGUGCUCGAAUGGUGAUAUUGACGCGUUGUGCCGGCAACGUGCUGCGCGCAUUUGCGCUCGUCUGCGUUUGCGCUCGUCUCAGCGCGCUUGUGCGCAGUUGUGCGCAUUUGUGCGCGUUUGUUUGCAUGCUGUGGCAGCGGCGUCAGGCGAUGGUCGCUUAUUCUGCGCUGCGUCGCACCGGCUUGUCUUUGGACCUGCGCCGGAGCGCGACUGUAGGCACUGUCACACAGCUCCACCGCUGUUUGUUAGGCGCCACCAGCAGUCACCGCGUCGUAGGCCGCUCCUGUAUGUACCCGCGAGUGUACUAUGUGUUUGUUGUGUCCCGCCUAGAGGGAGCAGAGAGGAGCUAUGGCGUCGGCGGUCGCCACUCUGCGGGGACCCCUCGCCGAGUCACCGUCACAAUUACUCGUGUUUGUUGCAAAUAAUUGAUUGGAAUGGAGCCGAUACGAUAAUAAAGAAGGUCCCAUUGUAUGUCAGUGCAAUGAGGCGUUUG